AGCGGCCCAAAUGACACAUCCUCCUCUUUUUUGAAUAGUUUCAUCUAUCAACAAUGGCUCGUGGUCCCAAGAAACACAUGAAGCGUUUGGCAGCUCCCAAGCACUGGAUGCUUGACAAGCUUUUGGGCUCGUAUGCCCCCAAGCCCAGUGCCGGUCCCCACAAGACCCGUGAGUGCAUGCCCCUCAUCAUUUUCUUGCGUAACCGCCUCAAGUACGCUUUGAACGGUCGUGAAGUUCAGUCCAUUCUCAUGCAGCGCUUGGUCAAGGUCGACCACAAGGUCCGCACUGACACCACCUUCCCCGCUGGUUUCAUGGAUGUCAUCUCCAUUGAGAAGACUGGUGAGAACUUCCGUCUCGUCUAUGACAUUAAGGGUCGCUUCGCCAUCCACCGCAUCACCGAUGAGGAGGCCAAGUACAAGUUGUGCCGUGUCAAGAAGGUCAUGGUUGGCAAGGGCGCCGUUCCCUACGUCGUCACCCACGAUGGUCGCACUCUCCGUUACCCCGAUCCUUUGAUCAAGGUCAACGACACCCUCCGUCUCGACUUGGAGAACAACAAGAUCACCGACUUUGUCAAGUUCGACACCGGUAACGUCUGCAUGAUCACUGGUGGUCGUAACAUUGGUCGUGUUGGUAUCAUCACCCACCGUGAGCGUCACGUUGGUGGUUUCGAAAUCGUCCACGUCAAGGAUUCUUUGGACCGCGUUUUCGCCACCCGUAUCUCCAACGUCUUCGCAAUUGGUGAAGGUAACAAGCCCUGGAUUUCCCUUCCUAAGGGUAAGGGUGUCAAGCUCACCAUUGCUGAAGAGCGUGACCGCAGACGCGCUGCUGCCGCUGCUCAAUAAGUUUCUACUUUGCGUUAAGCACAGAUAGUUUCAAUAAAAAACUAGGUUUUCUCCCGAGCCAUAUUUC